AAUGGAUUUUGAGCAUUUUGGGGGAGGCUUUUAGGGCUUGACUCUCAGAUGAACAGGAGAACUUGCUUGAACUUAUCUCGAGUGAAAUUCGGUCUGAUACAUAAAUAUUUCUAAAGUUAAUCGAGAUUCAGGAGGAAAGGGUGAUUCUUGGCGUUUUUUGUUAGGAGGCAACGUCGAGAUUACCCCAAAAUGGAUUUCUUGAAAAUUUUGAUGUUGUUAUCUGCCCUGCUGGGGUCUACUAAAUCGGUGACAAUUAAAGUCGGUGCUAUGUACGGCGAGUCGACGCACAUCAAAGAUAUAUACAAAAACAUUCUGACGGACGCGGCCCAGCACAUCAACCGCGACCGCACCAUCUUACCGUCCGGUGAUGAUAUUGCUGCCGUCCAUUUCAACAGUCCGACGGAGGAAGGUUGGGCAAGGCAUUCAGUCGCCGUGGGUGUGAGGGCAGCAUGCUCCUUCAUCAACAACAAAGACGCUCACGCCCUCAUCCUCCCAGACGACAUCUGUCUCGAUUGCCAGGGGAUAGGAUACAUCAUGGGCAAUGCCUUCUCGCCGACACUGACCACCGACCAGAGCGAGGAGUCUGGCUCCAUCAACAUGUACCCCAUCACAUCUGAGAUGGUGGAACUAGUCUCUGGUGUCAUCAAGCACUACCGAUGGACAACCUUCAUACUAUUGUACGAUUCCGAUUCCGGGUACGACAUGGUGAGUGAGCUGAUGGGCAUGGGCCCGGAGGCUGGAUGGGUCGCCACACCUAUUGUCCUGGCCGAAGACGUCAACGAACAAAUGAAGGAGAUCAAGACCAGAGCCGUGAAGAACAUUGUUGUCUACAUGCAUAUUGAGGACAACCUGAAGUUAGUCGUCGACGCGGCAUACGAAGAGGGGCUGUUAUUCGACACCUGGCAUUGGCUUUUCGGAAAUCCCAAUGUGGCCUAUCUGGGAAAGACCUUCUUGGAGACCAAACUGCGCUACAACUCUGCUUUCCUGACCCGCUUCAAAAUGGAGACGGCCAGUUCGGUCGGAGGGAACUACUUCACUCGCCGAGCUGACGCAAUCCGCAAGUGGCCUUUCCGGCAACAGACAACCUACGACUCGCUGCUAGCGGUAGCCCAUGCUCUUCGGAAACACAAGGAUCAGCACGGCAGUUACCCAUCAUCGAGCCGAUGUGGCAGGACCAAGAGCGCCUUGCUUCCGAGCUUUUCAAAGUUUUCUUUCGAGGGUUGCAGUGGAGAGGUAGCCUUUGAUGAUCAAGGAAACAGGGUCAAUUACACCAUCAAAAUCUUCGUCGGAAAGAAUCAAUAUCUUUCCAUCAACACGCUCGGCGUCUUCACCCAAAACGUCCAACAUUGGGAGGAGAAGCACGGACAGAGAUGGCCUGGACAGCCGGGUUCUCGUCUCCACAUGAAACCCUAUCGUAUGGCAGAAGAAAGUCACAUUCAUAUCCUCACUAUUGAGGAGCCACCGUUCAUUAUGCGGUAUGACUACGAGCAGAUCCGAAAUCCUCGACGCUAUCGACGUGCAACCGGUGAAGUCGUCGACGACAGCCUUUACAUCGGCUACGUACCGGAGCUCCUUGAGGAAAUCAAACACGUCUUCGAAGACGACAUGGGUCUGGACUUCACCUACAGGCUUGAGCUUCUGGGAGAGGGAAAUUAUGGUCGCUUUGACAAGUCCACCCAAGAAUGGGAUGGAAUGAUGAGAGAUUUAUUUGACGGGGAUGCCGAUAUCAUUGCCGGUGCCUUGACCAAGACAAGCAUACGAGAGAAAUACAUCGACUUCACGAAAGACUGGUUCAAGAGCGAUGUCAAGCUACUGGUUAAGCACCCAACGUACGUCUGGGAAUAUCCGUUCGUGCCUAUAUUCCCAUUCAACGUCUAUUCUUGGCUGACAAACUUCCUGGCUUUCGUUGUAGCAAGUAUACUGAUGUGGGUGUUGAGUUAUCUAAACCAAAACGAGUGGCGUGCCAAAGCCUCCAGAGGUGAGGCAAGUAAGGAGGACGGAGAAACUUUCACUUUCUUCAACACCUUCUAUUACAUGUUGUCCAUUAUGGCGUUUCAAGGUAUGCCAUGGAAGUCGCCGCAUUCUUACGCAGGAAGGGUCUUCUCGGCGUUCUGGUUCGUCUACACUCUUAUGUUGGUGUGGUUGUACGUGAGUAGUCUGGCGCCUCUAAUGAAAGCCAGCAAGUUGCCUUACAAGAUCCGCAGUCUCUUCGAUUUGAACAAACAGGAAGGGUUUGACUUCGGCGUGGUUCGGAAGAGCCCGACUUUUGAUCUGUUCCAGCAGGCCACAAAGGGUGACAAGAGAAUCACAUGGGACGACAUCCAGACUGGUGACGAAAAGAAGGUUGUUCAAGAUUUGAUCGACGGCGUACGCAAGGUUCGGAGAGACAAUGGCCGUUAUGCUCUGCUGUCGGAGAAGACAAUGUUAGAAUAUGAAGCUCUUCGUUGGCCUUGCGACAUGCUAAUCGUUGGUGGGUACGUGACAAAGAUCAAGUUCCCUCUUGCUGUUCAGUCUGGCUCUCCCCUACGUGAUCAGCUCACCUACGCUAUCAAGAAACUCAAAAAGAAAGGUGUCAUUGCGAACAUCACUUCAAAGUCAUUCCACAAGCCUUACUGCAAGAAUAUCUACAAACGUCAGUGGCACAAGGAGGCUAAGAAAUCUAUCACUGGCCAGGAUCUGGCAGGUGCCUAUUACCUCAUGAUGUUGGGUGGUGCAGCAACCCUAAUCAUCUUCACAGUCGAGACCAUCUAUUUCUACCUGAAAGGAGGGGAUACUGGCUUCGUGAACAAAAUCCCACAACUGCGAAGAUUCAGUAGAAGUGGUAGUGAAGGAAUGACUUCGUUCUCCAGACCUCGAGAGAAAGCCGGUCUUCGUGAUGAUCCUGAUGAUAGACCUGUAACUCGGGCUGCCGUUGGGGGCGGUGGCUAUGGGGGCGGACAGAAUGCUGGGCGAGACUGGAUCUAGACGCCCAAUGUCAAGAGUACGUCGUCUAAAUUUUACACUUUUAAUUGGUUUGUGUUCAUUACUUUUGUUCAUGCAACAUUAUGUAUAGCUUUGAGGAUGAAGUGUUCUUAAUGACAUUAAUAACUCGAUUAUAUUAACGAUUUAUUUCUUUGCUCAAUUAUAAAAGAGCCCAAAUGACGCUAUAUUAUAUCUUCUUGUUAAUUGCUAGGACCCUGCUAACAUAAUUAUUUGGCGUACUUGGUGUAGAAUUGAAGUUUUUGAUAGGCGUUGCCAAUUUUGAAGUCGGUUUUUAUGUUUCUUGACAUGCAGUUGAAAUAAAGCUGUGUAAUUUAGGAAAUACAGUUCAUAAAACUCAAAUAUUUCUCAAAUGAAGUGAAACAGAUUGACAUCUUACGAUCUCAAACUGGACAUAAGUGAAUGUGUCACAGUAAGUUAUGUGGGCAGUUUGUGAUGAUGUGUUUCUUUUUUAGUUUAAUAAUUAUUGACAGUUCGGUCGAGCUCUACAAAUACUUGGGGAAUAGAAGUCCAGCGCACCAACAGCGCAGAACGGUUUUGAUAUACUUUAGGGGAUUCGGGUUAGGUUCCACGUAAAGACGAUCUGUCCACUCUGGGUUAACCGUUACCUUAUCAAAUUGAAUUCAUGAGAAAUGUUGAUCAAGCAGUUGAAAAUAUAUUUUUUGCAUAUCAGAUUAUCGUUUAAAUGACGAUGAGAGCCUACAUGGUUUAAUUUACGCUAUCAUCGUUUAUCUUAAUAUUUUUUUAACUCUAAUCUUGGGCCGCGUCUGUUAACUUCUAUUUUGUCGUUGGGUGAAGGAUUACAUUUUUAAUAAAGGUAAAUGCAUGUUC